CACCGGCUCCAUAAACCAGAAACAUCGCACUAUGGCCUCUCUCUGAGCCGCCUGACGCGACACUUGUGUAUAUACCUGACCGGCAAUCCGUCACCAUCGACGCCUUGAUAAUGGACCCCCGGUCCAGAGGCUUUUUUCGGGGCCAUCGGAGUUGUCAAUAGUACUCCCAAAGUACUAUAUUAGUUGAUUUUGAGCGCUGUCACUUGUGCUCUGCGGGGAUUUAAACCGAGGUGACAGCAACAGCACUCGCCCCAUCUGCCGGUUAGCUAACUGCUAACUAGCUCGCUAAGUCAAUAGCCAAGAAGGGCAUCACUUUUCUCUUUGGAGUACAGGACACGGAAAAUACAAAAUCUACCGCUUUCAUACACAGACGACUGACCAGAGGCUGAUUACCCACAGAGUUCCCAUCUUAACUACACAUUCACAGUUGAUUCCUGAAAGGCUGGCAACACAAGGCCACCCUAAUGCAGAACCAUAAAAGAACGUGAAAUGAACAAACCACCACAGCCUAUAACGGGACCCACCUCUGUCCCAAACCCUGCCCCUUCCCCAGGAUUGACACAGGCCGCCUACGGACCUGGACAGCCCACAUCUCUUGUUUUUGCCACACCUCCACCUCCACAAAUGAACUCCGCACCACAGCCCAGACAGUUUGCUGCAGGGCCCCGUACUUUACACCAACAGGGUUACUAUCAGAACCGACCGGCUAUGGCUGCCAGCGCUCCGAGAGUCCAGACAAGUAGUGGGCCUCGAACUGUUGCACCCACUCAUGUCUACCCACCCAGCUCCCAGAUGAUGAUGAUUUCACAGCAACAGCUCUCUUUUGCUGGCUCCCCUCAGGGUUACUUCAUCCCCCCUGGACAGCCAUACCGGGCCCCAUAUAUGCCACCUACUCAGCAGUAUCCUGUGACCAGCGGUACAGCAGGCUUCUUCCCGGGAACUAGCCCUGCUGAAUACGCCUAUGCAGGAACAUUCUAUCCAGCACAGCCACAGUACUCUACAUCUGUCCAGCCUGCACCGGUCAUGAUCAACCCCGCCCAGCAACAGCAACAAGCUCCGCCUCCUCAGCAACAACCGGCACAGCCACAAGGCCCAGCAAAGAGGGAACGCAUACCGGUAAUCAGAAUACGAGACCCCAACCAGGGCGGGCGUGAUAUCACAGAGGAGAUCAUGUCAGGUGGAAGAUCCGCCACCACACCGACUCCCCCACAGGCCUCCAUAAGAGAUGCAAGCCCUGCACAGACCAAUGGUGAAGUUACACAGCCUGUCACUACAGUGACAAGAAGAGAAGAAAACGCGGAGCCUUCUGCUAGCGCUGAAAGCCCACCACCUCCUCCCACAGUAAACCCAGAGCCUGUGGUCGAGGCGAAACAGGAAAUGGACAGCCAGAUGGAACCGCCUACUGAAUUAGCCGCACAAUCUGUAGCCCCUACACCGGCUGCUGAGGUGCCAACCCCAUCGAUAAAGGACCAGCAGUCUCCCGCUCCCCUCCCUCCAGCAGCAACAUCUACUCCUCCUCCUGCUGAGGCAGUAAAUAAAGUCGAUACUAAAGUUAGUGACACAGUAGACGCUCCUGUAGUUCCUUCAGCAUCACCAGCCGUGCAAGAGGUCCCUGUCAAAACGGAAGAACCACAGGCUGCCCCUGCUCCAGCUGAGAAAGCACCAGAAAAGGAGGAAAAGGAGGAAAAGAAAACUGAGAAAGUGGAGAAAGAAGAGCAGGUGACCAGCGCUAAGGUGGAGCCUGCAGCUGAAGUUACAGCAACUGUUAAACCUGUUAUUGUGGCAAAAGAAGAAGCACCUACAAAGACAGCAACAGAAGUGUCUCAGCCUCCACCCUCUGCACAGGAGCCUGCUGCUCCACAGACUCAGACUUCUGCCCCGAGCUCUGCCCCCGAACCUGAACCUACACCAGCUGAAACAGCAGAACCGCUCCUCUCCAACGGCCUUCCUCAGGACACUGAGGAACUGACUGAGGAUGUGGCAAUUUCAGACACUACAGCCCUUGACAAGCCCGACACUUCUCAAUCUCAGGAAUCCGCACCUGUGGCUAAAACGGCAACGCCAGCCCAGGUGGAGGAGGAGGAAGAGGAGAAGAAAGAGGAGGAAGAGGGGAAGGAGAAAAGUGAGGAUGCCCCCCCUACCUCUGCUAGCUGCCCUACAGAGGAAUCUACUAUGCAAGCUGCUACAUCUGUGCCAAAGAAGAGAAGGAACAUGAAGGAACUCAACAAGAAGGUUAUUGGAGACCUCCUGGAUGCCUUCACAGAGGAGCAGAACGCCAAGCCAGCUUCUGAACCCUCGUCCACUCAGGCCGACCCUGUCCCUGUUGCUCCAGCUGAACCUCCUGCUGAGGUCGCAGAUGAGACCUGGGAGGAGAAAGAGGACAAGCAGAACACAGAAACUGAUAGGACUAAAACCUCACCUGAGGCAAAAGAGCAGAAAUACCAGUACAAAGAAGAACAAUGGAAGCCGAUAGACCCAGAAGAGAAGAAGCGGUACGACAGGGAGUUCCUCCUCGGCUUCCAGUUUAUCGGCGCUAGCAUGAACAAACCUGAGGGUCUGCCGCUCAUCAGUGACGUGGUUUUGGACAAGGUGAAUAAGACUCCCUUGCGACCUGCUGACCCAGCUCGAAUGAUGAGUGUUGGUCCUGAUUUUACUCCCUCAUACUUGGGGAAUCUUGGGAGCCGAUCAGUGGGUGGACCACGAGGACCGCCACCUGGACCACGUCGCUCCCAGCAGGGUCAGCGGAAAGAGCCCAGGAAAAUCAUCAGCAGCAUGUCUCUCCACGACGACGUGCAGCUCAACAAGGCUGAGAAAGCCUGGAAGCCCUCUGUGAAGAAGCCCACUCGCAGUCGCCAAGCGGAGGAAGUGGAGGAGGAAGUAGGCAACUCUGAAGAGGCCAAGACUCAAGAGCUGUUCAAGCGUCUGCGUAGUAUCCUCAACAAGCUGACACCCCAGAAGUUUCAGGAGCUGAUGAAACAGGUGACAGAUCUGGCGAUAGAUACAGAGGAGAGGCUGAAGGGAGCCAUCGACCUCAUCUUUGAGAAGGCCAUCUCAGAGCCCAACUUCUCUGUGGCCUACGCCAACAUGUGCCGCUGCCUUAUGGGGUUGAAAGUCCCCACCUCAGACAAGCCAGGAGUUUUUGUGAACUUCCGCAAACUGCUGCUCAACCGCUGCCAGAAAGAGUUUGAGAAGGACCAAGAUGAUGAUGAGAUCUUUGAGAAGAAGCAAAAAGAGUUAGAGGCUUCUAAAGAUGAUGAGGAGCGUGAGCGCUUGAGGGUGGAACUGGAAGACUCCAAAGACCAGGCCCGCCGCCGCUCGCUGGGUAACAUUAAGUUCAUUGGUGAACUCUUCAAGUUGAAGAUGCUGACGGAGGCCAUCAUGCACGACUGUGUAGUGAAACUGCUGAAGAAUCACGAUGAAGAGUCUCUGGAGUGUCUCUGCAGGCUGCUCUCCACAAUUGGCAAGGACCUGGACUUUGAGAAGGCCAAGCCCCGUAUGGAUCAGUAUUUCAACCAGAUGGACAAGAUCAUCAAAGAGAGAAAGACCUCAUCCAGAAUCCGCUUCAUGUUGCAAGAUGUGCUGGACCUUAGAAGGAGUAACUGGGUGCCUCGUAGAGGAGACCAAGGUCCUAAAACAAUUGACCAGAUUCACAAGGAGGCAGAAUUGGAGGAGCACAGGGAACAGAUCAAGGUCCAGCAGCAGCUCCUGUCCAAGAAGGACGGAGGAGGAGGAGGAGGAGGAGGAGGCGGCAGGAUGGGAGGGAACAUGGGAGGCCGAGGCCCUCACACACCUGGAGGCGGCCGGAACAGCCAGCCCCAGGAUGAAGGGUGGAACACGGUGCCCAUCUCCAAGAACAGACCCAUCGACACCACCCGGCUCAGCAAGAUCACAAAGCCCGGUGCUCUGGACUUCAACAAUCAACUGUUGGCUCCAGGGGGCAAAGGCAUGUGGGGCAGCUGGGGCAAAGGCAGCAGUGGAGGAACAGGAGCUAAACCAGCAAGUGGAGACCAGGAUCCUGGUCGUCCAGCCACCAGCACCCUCAACCGCUUCUCAGCCCUGCAGCAGUCUGGUUCAUUGUUGUCUUCAUCCGACUCUGAUCGCAGAGUUCCUCAGAGGUCAAGCUCCAGCCGCGAGCGUGGCGGUGACAGAGACAGGAACGAUCGAGACCGGUUUGACCGAUUCGCAGACCGCAGCGAGGGACGAGAAGGUCGCGACGACAGGAGCACCAGGAACCAAAUCACUAAGAGAAGCUUCAGCAGAGAGACAGAGGAGCGCGGCGGGAGGGGCGGAGACAGUAGGGCCACGAAUGAGCCGGUGCGCCGCGUGGCCAGCAUGACCGAUGACCGGGACAGAGGAAGCAGAGACAGAGGAAGCCGGGAUCGGGGAAGCAGAGACCGAGGAAGUAGGGACAGGGGAAGCAGAGACAGAGUUCCAAGCAAAGAUCUCACAGCAGUCAAACGUGAGAGCGCCCCCACUCCUCCUCCUACUCUUCCUAAAUCUACCUUGACUGAAGAGGAGAUGGAGAAGAAGUCCAACGCAAUCACUGAGGAAUAUCUCCACAUCAAUGACUUGAAGGAGGCGUUGCAGUGUGUGGCAGAGCUCAACAGUGCCUCGCUGCUCUACGUGUUUGUGCGGAACGGCAUAGAGUCGACACUUGAGCGCAGCACCAUUGCUAGGGAGCACAUGGGCUUGUUGAUGCACCAGCUCAUAAAGGCAGGGACAUUGCCCACAGAGCAGUACUACAAAGGGCUACAAGAGAUCCUGGAGGUAGCAGAAGACAUGGCCAUAGAUAUACCUCACAUGUGGCUCUACCUGGCUGAACUCAUUACCCCCAUGCUGCAUGAGGGAGGCAUCCCUAUGGGACAGCUCUUCAGGGAGAUCUCGAAGCCUCUGGUGCCUCUGGAGAUGGCCGGUGUGCUGCUGGUACAGAUCCUCAAGUUGCUCUGCAAAGGAAUGACUCCUAAGAAGGUUGGGGCCAUGUGGUCUGAAGCUGGGCUGAAGUGGAGCGAGUUCUUGGGCAAGGAUGAAGACAUCAACAAGUUUGUCACUGAUCAGAAGGUGGAGUUCACGACAGGAGAGGAGACGGAGUCAAAGGAACCUGGUAAGAAGGCCCUCAGCGGAGAGGAGCUCGCCAAACAACUGGACAGGUUCCUUCAGGACAAGGCCAACAACCAGCGUAUCAGAGACUGGGUCGAGGCUAACUUGGAUGAACAGCAGGCUGCCUCCAACCUGUUUGUACGAGCACUGAUGACAUCCGUGUGCCAGUCUGCCAUCAUAUGCGACACCCCAUACAGGGUGGAUGCAAAGCAGAUCAACCAGAGAGCCAAUCUGCUGCAGAGAUACCUGUGUGAUGAGCAGAAAGAGCUGCAGGCGCUUUAUGCCCUCCAGGCUCUGAUGGUGCACAUGGAGCAGCCAGCAAACCUGCUGCGGAUGUUCUUCGACGCCUUGUACGAUGAGGACGUUAUUAAAGAGGAGGCCUUUUACAAAUGGGAAUCCAGCAAAGACCCUGCAGAGCAAACUGGCAAAGGCGUGGCCUUGAAAUCAGUCACAGCCUUCUUCACCUGGCUCCGCGAGGCCGAGGAGGAGUCUGACAAAGAAUAAAAGACUGGACUUAAAAAGCUGCCGCCCCCCUUUGGCGAGACCGGGGCUGUGCAGGCAGCUUUUGGAGAGUAAUGGACAAUAUUGCCAGAGAGGCAGACUCAAAAUCAAUCCUCAAUGAGGAUAAAUCUUUAUUAUUUGUCUUUCUUUGAGGGAUGGACUCAGAAAACAAUCAUUUCUCUCUAUCUUCCCUCUCUUGCUUCCUCAUUAUUUCCCCACCUGCUUGUCACAGCAAGUGUCCUCAUCAAAUAAACUUGAAAACUGAUUCAGCAGGAUUGCUUGUUAACAAGGUGUGAAGUAUCCCACAUCACUACGAAACUUUUUUUCACAAUAACACAAACCGACAGGCUGCUUUUUUUUUAAUGGUUCUAGAUAAUUAUUGCCUAACAAUCUUAUCUGAUCUGCAAGAAUAAACAGCGAGGCGUGCAGUGUAGUGGGUUCUCUGAUCGGUGGGUAUCAUCAUGCCAUAAUGUGUUUAAAUCCAAACACAGCUCUUUAUGUCUUUGUCCCUUACUGGAGUGUGCAGCAUGACUGAAGUGUGUUUCUAUUACUGAUCCCGUGGGCGAAACGUCGAUGGACAAAAUGUACAUUGCUAACUAAUGUUAAAUAAUCAUGGGUUGAGUUUUUAAAGCAAAGGUGGUCUAUUUUCUCUUCCCUGUUUCAAAUGAUGGGACUCACAGAGGACAGAAACACGGAGGGCUGAUGUUGACCUUUGACCUUGACUACUAGGGGGGUGAUCUUAAUGCUUCCUCUAAGCCAUCCUCUUCCAUCCCCCAGUAGUGAACCACACUGACUCUUCAUCUUUACCUCUUCUGUACUUAAAACCUGAGCUGUCGGGGGGAACUAUCCCAGUAGUGGACACUUAAUGACCCAAUCACCGUUAAAACUUGAAAUCUACAGAAAUUGACUUGAUGAAACGUAUAAAGUUAAAAAAAAACAAAAAACAAACAAAAAAAAAAAGUACACAGAAAUGAUCCGAAAGCCUUUUCUACUUAAAGUGGAAACUCAUUUCAGGAGCAUUCUGUAAAUAUAUAAUAAUAAUAAUUAAAAAAAAGUUGUUGUUUUUUUUUUUUUCAGUUUUUUUUCCAGAAACGAUGAAUUGCUGAUGUAAUGCAGUGUUUCCUUUUCCAACUGACACCGCAGUUGUCCAGAUGCAGAGAGGUGCUUUAGAUAAUCCAUUGAUUAUUAGUUUUAUUGGAAUUUUGUAAAUAUUUUUUUUGCUUUUCUUUAUUUAAGAAAUUAUUGCUUCUUUUGCAUCGGAAACUGGAAAGAUGAGGUAUCGAAACAUUGCAAAUAAAGGACUUAUUAAGUUGC